AUGGGUAACAAGGCUUCACCAGCGGAGCUAAAGACCCGCAAGAGAGAAGACUAUCGUUUCUUCCUCGACUACCGCACGCGAUGGAACGACAAUGAUAUGUAUGACCACAUGAACAAUUCCGUUUACAACUUUUUAUUCGACUCUAUCAUCAACGCAUACCUCAUUGAGAAUUGUGGUCUCCAUCCUCCUACAGCACCACAGUUUGGCAUGUGCGUGCACACCCACACAAACUAUUUCUCGUCUAUCGCGUACCCUGCCGUCGCGGAGCUUGCCCUACGUGUCAACAAGCUAGGUAAAUCUAGCGUCACCUAUGAGACUGCGCUCUUUGAGAAGGGCAAGGAAGAGGUGAAGGCGGUAGGGGAGUUUAUACAGGUGUAUGUUGAUCGUGAGACGAAUAGACCGCUAAAGGACGGUAUGGCUUCAACGCUUCGUGAGAAACUGCAGGAGCUGGUUGUUAGUGACGAUGCAAUUAAAGGAAAGGCUAAGCUUUAA